AUGGGCUCACUAGAAGAACCGCAAUAUGAUGUUCUUAUUGUUGGGGCCGGGUUUUCGGGCAUAUAUACACUCCACAUGCUCCGAAAUGCCGGAGUGAAAUGCAAAGUGUACGAAGCGGGGGCCGACAUUGGUGGGAUCUGGUACUGGAACGCAUACCCAGGUUGUCGAGUUGAUUCUGAAGUGCCAGUAUAUGAAUACUCGGCACCAGAGCUCUGGAAAGAUUGGACAUGGACAGAGAAGUAUCCAGGAAGGGCAGAGUUGAGAAGAUACUUUGACCACGUUGACAAAGUAUGGGAAAUAAAGAAGGACGUAGAAUUCAACGUCAGAGUAAUUGGUGGCCAGUUUGACGUCACCAACAACAUCUGGAAAAUUGAAACAGAUGACGGGCGAACAACAACGUGCAGGUUCUUUAUCCCAGCGACUGGGUUUGCAGGCAUAAAAUAUAUUCCGAACAUUAAGGGGAUCGAGUCUUUUAAAGGCGAAAUGCAUCACCCCUGGAGUUGGCCAAGGGAAGGAGUUGAUGUUAAAGGAAAGCGAGUGGGAGUGAUCGGCACCGGCGCAAGUGGAGUCCAGAUUAUUCAAGAAAUCGCAGAUGAAGUGGAAGAGUUGUUGGUGUUUCAGCGGACCCCAAACCUUGCUCUCCCAAUGCGUCAAUCAAAAUUAGUGCCCGAAGAGCAAGAAAUAAAGAAGCCGGAAUACCCUCAGUUUUACGAGACACGAAUCACGACGUUUGGGGGAAUGAAGUACGAUUUCAAAACAAAGAAAACGGCGGACGACACGCCUGAGGAACGUGAAGCAUUUUUCGAGGGUAUGUGGGAAAGGGGGGGGUUCGAAUAUUGGCUGGCUGGGUAUAAAGAUACGUUAUUAGACCCUGAGGCAAACCGCCAUGCUUAUGAUUUCUGGGCUAAAAAAACGCGAGAAAGAAUCAAUGAUCCGCAGAAGAGGGAUUUCCUUGCACCGUUGGAGCCCAUCCACCCAUUUGGAACAAAAAGGCCUGCGCUGGAGCAACACUACUAUGAGGUAUUCAACAAACCAAAUGUGUACUUGAUUAACUUGAGAAAGAAUGGCAUCGAGGAAAUCAAGCCCGAUGGGAUCCUCCUUAGCGACGGGUCAUUCCACCGCUUGGAUGUAAUCGCAAUGGCAACAGGCUAUGAUUCCAUCACCGGAGCGUUGACCAAUAUGGGGCUGCGCGAUAUCCACGGCACGCCGUUGGCAGACGGGUGGAAGGGGAGCACGAUGUCGUACUUAGGGAUGUGCCGGCACGGGUAUCCAAAUAUGUUCUACAUGUAUGGGCCGAAUGCACCAACUUCGUUUAGCAAUGGGCCUACCACUGCUGAAGUGCAGGGCAACUGGAUCGCCAGUAUCAUUCAAACACUCCAGGAGAAAGGGAUCCGGUAUAUCGAAGCGAAAGCAGAAGCAGAGGUGGAAUGGAAAACAUUCAUCGACAGAGCAAACGAUCGGACUCUCUUUCCUCUUACAGAUUCCUAUUAUAUGGGAGCGAACAUCCCAGGGAAGAAAAGGGAGCAGCUUAACUGGGUUUCCGGGUUGCCGGCAUAUCUUUCUGAAUGUAACGAAGCACUGCAGGAUUGGGACAAGUUCGUCACUGCAUAG